UUAAAAGACUCGGGAUAGCACCAGAAUUCCCAUAUGAAUGAUUUCACACCUCUACCUCAAGAAAUCGUCCCAAGAGCAGACACCCAGGACAGAAAAGUCUCACAGUUCCUUCCACUGGGAUGAUUUCCAUUCAGCAUCUAUAUACACAGCGCAGCCUCUGAUUAACUGCUCCGUUUUUAUUUAUAUACGGACUUAAUAUGGCAUUGAGAAUCACAGACGUGUCCAGUACUUUUUUACUCGGAAGUGUUCUCAUUUUCAGCACCGUACCCUAUCCUGUCAAAUCUUACCUCUACAACAACCGCUACGUCGGUGAUCAAGUGUUCAGAAUAACCCCCAGCAGCAACACAGAGGUUCAAGCAGUCAAACAGCUUUUCCAAAACCUGACGGUGGACCUUUGGAAGCCCAACAGUGUGUCUCUGAUUCGAGAGAACAGCCCAGUAGAUGUUCAUAUGGGAUGGAACAAGACACAAUGGCUGAGAAGACAUCUUCGCCAAGCGCACAUCCACUAUAAGGUGCUCAUUUCCAAUCUCCAAACCGAAAUUGAGAAACAAAUCGGAUACCGAUCCUCCAGGAAGCGUAGAUCAGAAUUCCAGUAUGACUAUGAAGUGUACCAUCCUUUGGAAGAGAUCCGGAGUUGGAUGUUUGAGAUGAACCGGACACACCCACACCUGGUGGACCUGUUUUCUAUUGGUCAGUCCUAUGAAGGACGGCCCCUCUAUGUACUCCAGUUAGGAAAGAGAACACGUCCCUUUAAGAAGGCAGUGUGGAUAGACUGUGGAGUGCAUGCAAGAGAAUGGAUUGGUCCAGCUUUCUGCCAAUGGUUUGUGAAAGAGGCGCUGAACUCCUAUCAACACGACUCCAGCAUGAGACGACUGAUGAAUCAGCUCAAUUUCUACAUUAUGCCUGUCUUCAAUGUGGAUGGUUACCAUUACAGCUGGAAGACGGAUCGCUUUUGGCGUAAAACUCGGUCAAAGAUUCCAAAAUAUCAUUGUCGGGGAGUGGAUGCCAAUCGAAAUUGGAAAGUCAAAUGGUGCGAUGAGGGUGCAUCCCUGCACCCCUGCGAUGACACAUACUGCGGUCCCUUCCCUGAGUCAGAGCCUGAGGUCAAAGCUGUUGCCAAGUUUCUGCGGAAACACAGGAAACGGGUCAAAGCUUACAUCUCUAUUCACGCCUAUGCUCAGAUGCUCCUCUAUCCGUAUUCCUACAAAUAAUCAACAAUUCCUCACAAGCUGCAUGAAUCAGCAGCCCAGAACGCAGUGAGCGCUCUGUACUCGGCUUAUGGAGUGCGAUACAGAUACGGCCCUGCUUCCACCACACUUUAUGUGAGUUCUGGAAGCUCAAUAGACUGGGCCUACAAGAACGGGAUCCCAUACGCCUUUGCCUUCGAGUUGCGUGAUACAGGCUACUAUGGCUUCCUGUUGCCAGAAACCCUGAUACAUCCCACAUGCACAGAGACCAUGAGAGCAGUAAAAACAAUCGCUUCAGGCCUGCUGAAGAAAUGUACCAAAUGAAACUUUUCACUUGACUUGUCUUAUCUUCCCUCUAUCAAUUUCACUCCCAUAAGCCAUAGAAAUGUGUACUAGCUAUGCACAAAUGUGCCUGCAUUUUCUAUAUUUGUUUUUUUAUAAAUUAGUAACUAAGAUUUAUUUAUUUAUAAACUACUUUAAAGAAGCUCUACAUUAAACAAAAUGGUAUACAUGUAAACUGAAGAAAUGCAAGCACUUGAAUUAUGAACUAAAUCUUUCUCAAAAGUGGAUUUUACUCAUGAGGAAAAUAGACACGAGCACUCGCUUCAAAAGAACAGUAAUGCCCAGAGAAUGUAAAUAAUGCAUACUGUUAUCUUAAAAUGGGGUUAUUUUAGUGUAAAUAUGUAUAAAUUUCCGCUAAAAACAGCUUUGAUUUUGUUUGGAAAUCAAUGGGAACUUAACAUCUAAAAUGAGUCGAAAAUGCAUGAAAUCGCAGUUUUGUGUUUUGUUUUGUUUUGUUUUUAAAAAAAAAGCUUAUAUCAAAGUAACUAAUUAAUUGUACUUGCAAGGGCAAUGUUUACAUUUGAACUCUUAAGUACUAUAACGUUUUGGAAUUUUACUGUAAUAAGCCUGUAUUUAUUUCAAUGAAAAUAUACAGUACUUUGUUAUAUAAUACGUGUCUUGCUAGUUGGCAUUUAAGAUUUGGUUUGAUUGUACACAGAUUUUUGUAUCGUACUGUUUAUUUUACCAACAGGUAGAUCAUUAAAAGCUCUACCGAUCAUCCAAAAAUGGAUUCUAUUGUUUGUUGAUAAUAUAUAGUAGUUUCAUUACUAUCCAAAUAACAAAAAAUUACUUCACAAAUAUGAAAAAAAAAUGCAAAUACAAGAAUGAACACACCAUUUAUGUAAUACAUUGCAAAAAAGACAACCAGUAGGCAUUUAAAGCAGUGCUUUGGACACAGCAGGCCUCUGAACUGAGAGAAACAAGGCCCUUGUCCCAUA